ACUUGCCUCAUACCAGCAAUAAAGAGCAGUAAAGCCUCUGCUAAAUGUCAGUCAUCAUCAGAGCUGGUUAAGAGAAGUUAGUCUAGAAAACUGACCAGGAUGAGUUUACCAACUAGAGAGCAAUGUGAAGGCUGGAGUCCAGCUCAGGUCGCCGCUUUUCUCAGUCAGCACAACAUGAAAGAAUGUGCAGACGCUGUGCAGAGAAACAGGAUUGACGGCUGUCGCUUUCUGAUGCUCUCGGACGGAGACCUCAACAAAUUCAGCUUCAUCCAUCGGCCGCAGCUCCAAAAAAUCGUCCAAGACAUAAAAAAGAAUGACGACAGCCUUUUCAACAGACUAAAAAGGUUUCAGACAGAACAAACAGCUAAUAUUCUCAAAACUGGGAGAAAUACAUUGGACCGAAUAAAGAAGAAAAGACCUCCGAAAGUACCAGUGCGAGACUAUCAAGGUGAAGCUCCAGAUUCUGAGAAGGACUCUGACUCUGAUUUUGACAGUGACACGUACGAGGACCCCCAGGGGGAACACGAUGAUAGCUACGAGCCCCCGCCGAGGCUGGACGGACACAUGAAGGGCUUUACGGUCAGCCCGUCCAUCACCAACACCAGAGGAGAGUAUGUGGACAGCUGUCGUGGUCGACCGGCGAAACCAAACCAUCCUUUCCAUGUGCAACAGAGACACAAACCCCCUCGACUGACCCACCGCAGCCUGCCGGAGGAAGAUGAUGACGAUUACAUCGAGCCGGAGGACCAGACAGUGGAUGAUAAUUACAUCGACCCCACUGAGAAAACAGCAUCAAAGCCGCUGGUUAACAGAGGAGCCAAACCAUCUGGAAAAAGUCCUGAUUUCUACGAGAUUCCUGAUAUGAAGGAGAAUUCUCCGUCUAAGACAAGCAGGAGUAACUCCAGUCUGCAACCCAGCACACAGGUGGCGCCACCUACAGCCAGUCCACGAGUGAACAUCAAAAGCCCAAAAAAUCCAGAACCACAGUCUGAGGACGAGUAUGAGAUGUGCGACGCAGAAGACAGUGUUAAUGAAGGGCCAGAGGAGACCACAGAGGCCUGCAGACCAUCAAUACCUACACCGCUACCUAGAGACCUGAAGAAACCUAAUCCUCCUUUGACACCGAAACCAAACAUUGCUCCCAGGGAGAGUGAAGCCACAUUAAUUAAAACAACACCAGGGACUAUACCACGAAGCCCAGCGGACACCAUACCGAGCCCUUCAGCAACAGGGUUCCAUCGAGCCAAGAUGCCUCUGCCUCGGCAGCUUCCCUCCCAGAGCAAAGGGAUGUUGGCUUCGGACAGCAGAUCAGCUAGAGAUGCUGAAGAGGAAGCUGGUGUGUAUAAAAAGGUUUGGUAUGCCAGCAGCUGUGACCGCAAGACAGCAGAGGACGCUCUCAUACGCUCAGCCAAGGACGGCUCUUUUCUGCUCAGGAAGAGCUCUGGUGUGGACCCACAGCAGCCGUACACCCUGGUGGUGUUUUACAACAGUCGCGUUUACAACAUCCCUGUCCGCUACAUCGCUUCCACCAAACAGUAUUCUUUAGGGAAAGAGAAACAAGGAGAGGAGCGUUUCAGCAGCGUCUCAGACAUCAUCGAGAACCACCAGAAGAAUCCUCUAGUGCUGGUCGACUCACAAAGCAACACCAAAGACUUCACCAAACUCAGACACGCAGUCAAGCCAUGAGACGUUCAUGACAAAUAUAACUGCGUUGAGAGGGUGCUGACAUUCGUUCGACCGUGUGGUAGUUUCACAUUCACCUUUAUCGGGGAUGGAAACAGAAAUGCUUGCAAAGCUGGAACAUGCUGCUACUUUUAUAACUUAUUUAGCCGAAUGACAGGUUACAGGCAGAGACGCGGUAUUUUUAUUUUGACGGAGACAAAAAAGUGUGUGUUGCGCAUUUAAAAAUACAGCAAACCACCCUGAAAAACAGGGAGAAGAGCAAUGAUAUAUAAAGAUAUACACAAAUACGGUACAGUUUAUGGGUGUAUGAAUCAUUGUAUAAACACAUUUGUUUUUAAUACAAAGGUGAGUUGAGUAAAAAAAAUUUUUUUUAACUUUUUAUUAAUUCAAGCGAUUGUUUUAUGUAUUAUGUUGUGUAAAAUUAUAUUGAUUUGCACUGUACAACCUUAAUUUCUUUUUUUUUUCUUUUUUUUAUUAUAAGGGGGAAUAUUUGUCAUGUGGGAACUGUUACAAAUAUAUUUGUAUAUUUUGUAUAAUAUACAAAUUUUCUACAAAGAUACUUUUGGAGCUACUUUACAGGAGUAUGUCGUCUAAAACUAGUAAAAAAAACAAGCCAUAAAAAAAAAAAAUCUACAACAUAGAAGCUACAGUUGGUUCUGUGGCUUCAUUUGUUCUGUAAUUUCAUUUACAUCACUUUUUAAGUUGCAAUAAGAGGGGAAAACAUGUACGUCACCGCAAAUUAAUUUGCCUUAUAAAUGCUAAAUAAAUGCUUGUUUUCUCUA